AUGCCAACAUGUCCAUACCUGAGCUCCGGGAGAGCUUUCUUGGCUCCGAUGAGCACGUCAAAAGAAGGUGUAGCAGAAGUCUGGAUCAACAUCGGAUUCAACGUAAAGGGCGAGCAAAAAUAUCCCCCGUAUUCCCCGAAGCUUUCACCGAUCUGUACCGAGAAGCAGUACUAUGAUUUCAUUGCAGCAAUACAGCAGUUCUUCGAUGAGAAUGCAAUGGACGGUAAAACAUCGAGCGGCUCUCGGUUUCUGUGCUGCGUCACAAUGGGUGUAUGUUUCAUCCCCUGGAUGUAUGUAAUGAUGAAGGAGAAAAGCCUGUACAAAGCGCUCGAUCGAGUCGUACAAGACAUGACAUCAGGAUGGAAAACCGAAAAGCCAAGACUGAAGGAAUGUAAGAUAUAUGGCAAGACCAAGGACCCUCCCGAGGAGAAUGCGGCAUUUGACUUUGAUGGGUAUAUGUGCCUGAGUACAGACGGCCGCGCGUCUUUGUGGCCUCCGGCAGGAUGCAACAUAAUCUUGACAGCCGACGACGCAGGUGGUCGCUUCCGCCAUCAGUGGAUGGCGAGUGGCGAGCUGAGGAGAAUCGACAAGGGCUACGACUCAUCUGACAGCAGUAAGUCGACGUAG